AGCAAAUAAAGGCAGUAUUUUAAAAUGAUAACACAGUGUCCUGAUAAGAUUAAUGAGCUUCUCUCAAAGACGACAGAUGAUUUAGCUCUUAUGAAUGUGAUUGUAGCGAAUGGCUUAGAAAACAAUGCAAACGACAAGUCUCUCCUUCAGUCUCUCGUGAACAAAGCUCAUUGGAAUGUCAAAAACUUAUCUCAUGAAAUCGCUCUUAAAACGACACAGGAGUUUUGCUCUUCAUUCGACUACUCAAGUGACAUCUAUAAGUCUGAUGAGCGAGGUUUGCUUGCUCAGCGUCCAAAAGUUUCUCUUCGAACAAAUACUAAUGAACAAAUGUUAGUUGAUAUCAAGUUGGUAUUAUCUAUCUUAUCAUUCUGUAAAUCUUCGCUUCUAAGGAUCAAAUGAGGCGAAUAACUCACUUUAUUUUCUUAUGAUAAUUUUAAAAAGCUGGCUAUUGAGCAAAGAAUAUUCCUUUCUCUAUAAUUCUUCAUCAGCUUCUACAUAUAUGCAAUGGCAAUAAUGUAAAAAAUAUUGACAUUAAAAACACUAUUGUUUCUGAUUACAUUAAAUGAACAGUAUCGACAGA